AUGGCAAGCGUGGUGCACAAAAUCUUCUUUCCCGGCAUCGCCCCCUACCUCCAGGCGAAGGCCCUCCGGCUUCCCCUUUCUGAUAAAGUCAAGCGACUCCUAGCGCAUCCAGCGGGGCCCUUCACGAUUCACUUCUGGGCACCUGCACUGAAGUGGGGAAUUUGCAUUGCCAACCUUGUCGACAUGAAGAAACAGAAAAUCGAAAACACCUCAGUGCCCCAGCAAACAGCGGUGGCGCUCUCGGGUAUCAUCUGGUCGCGUUACAGCACUGUCAUCACGCCGAAGAACUGGAAUCUCUUCUCCGUUAAUAUGGCAAUGGCAAUAACAGGCUCCAUCCAGCUGUACCGCGUGUUUAUGCAUCACUUGAACGAGGAGGAAGCUGCUCGCAACGGAUCAGGGGGGUCGGUCCUGCCUUCGUCGGCUUGA